AUGAGUUAUAUCUUUUCCGGUCGUCCAGAGCAAACAGCUGGCGGCGGAGCAUCCAGUGAAAUACUCGUAGCGUGGUGCCAUGUGCGCAAAGGUCGACUGUUGCAAAAAUGGAUUAAACGUCGCUGUACACUUUAUAAUGGAACGAUCCGAAUCGAACAUGAAAACGGUGACGAGAUUUUACUACUCAGUCGCUAUCGUGUUAAUGUAACGGAAGGAAGUCGUGGAAAGUAUCUUCGUCUUACAGAUUCCUCAAAUAUUUAUAACUUACAUUUUGAAGCAAUCGGUGAAAUGAAUCUUUGGCUUACACGAUUACUUCAAACUCAAAUGGCACCAAUCUGUGAUCUAAGUGAUCAUCGUUUAUUGCUAUUACCUGAUGAGCUAUUCUCGGUUGGCGUUAAUCGUCAAAUUGUUACAUUAAAUUUGCGCAGGAAUUCAUUACAAUUUCGUCCAAGCAAUCAGAUUCAAAAUCCACUUCUCGGAUGGCUCGAUGACGUGGGACGUUUACAUUCUCUACGUUCGUUGAAUAUCGCUGACAAUUCGCUUUAUCAUUUUCCAGUUUCAGUAACUCAUCUCAAUAAUCUUACCGAACUUAUACUUUCCGGAAAUCAUAUACCAUACAUUCCAGCACAAAUUGCUGAAUUAAUCAAUUUGACAGUUCUGAAUGUUAGCAAUAAUUGGCUGCAAACAAUACCGGAAGAACUUUCAAGAUGUGUGAUGUUAUCUAAAUUGGAUUUAAGUUUUAAUCGCUUUAAUCAGAUUCCGGAUGUUCUUUUCACAUUGAAACGAAUUCAGUACCUUGAAAUGGCCGGAAACAAUAUUGAAGUUUCAGCGUUGCAUUCUCUCUCUUGCAUUCAUGCACCGAAAAUUAAUUUGCGUCGAAAUGCAUUGACAGGUGCCGUACGUUUGACUUCAUUUAUUUGUUGUGCAUUAACAGAAUUGGAUAUUCGUGAUAAUGGAAAUUUGUUCGAAUUAGAUUUAAGUAAUUUACAUACUAUACAGAUAGUACACUGUGAAAGGCUUUAUUUAACAAAUCUUCAAGUAAAUGGUACCAAUCUCAGAUAUCUCUACGCUGAUAACAAUGAGCUAUCGCAGGCGAUAAUAAUGCCUGUGCCAAUUCAGCUCGUGGUAUUUUCCAUCUCAUUCAAUCGUUUUACUUCAUUACCGGAAUGGCUAACAGAUUUGCAACAUGUUGAAACAAUUUCUGCGCAUCAUAAUUUUAUCCUCUAUUUACCGCAAAGGAUUUUCAUGAGCUCAAGCAAAUUAAAAAAUCUAUAUGUAAACAAUAAUAAAAUUGAGCGUCUGCCAGAUGUUAUCGAGAAUUGUUCGUUGGAAGUUUUAUCGUUGCAUAAUAAUUGCAUCGAUGCAUUACCGAAUGAAUUACUAAAAUCAGCGAAUAAACUGAAAAAUUUGAAUGUUUCGCAUAAUCAACUUAAAAGACUUCCAACUGCAAACACAAUGCUUGACCAGAAUCGGCUUCAAUUUCUUCGAGCAGCCAAAAAUUUUCUGGAUGAGAGUGUCAUCAAUGUUGUAGUAUCAUGUCGACGUUUGCGACUUCUUGAUCUUUCUUAUAAUCACCUUCAAUUUUUUGAUGACAGUUGUUUAAACCGUUUGGUAGCAUUGGAAGAAGUAAAUUUAUCAGCCAAUCAUCUCACUUCCGUCUCAACUUCACUUGCACAACUACCUAAUUUACAAAUUCUUCGGAUACAUUCCAAUAAUAUCACAACAAUUCCGGAUUUCUCGCAAUCACCACAAUUACAUUUACUGGAUAUUUCAAACAACGAAUUUAGAAAUUUGGAUACAAACUUAUGCAUGGCAAAAACUUUAAAACAUCUUGAUCUUACCUGUAAUUACAUGUUACAAAUUGAUACCGAUAAUAUUAAGCCAAAAAAACAAGGUCAAGCAGUAUCAGUAGUGGACGUUGGUAGUGAAUGCAACUGUGACGCAUUUCAUGUUGGCUUCAGUGAAUCAGCUGGACAACGAAACAA